AUGCCUCGCCUGCCUUGCACCCGCCUCCUGGCGAUAUCCAUACUGGUGCUCGUCAUCUUGUUCAUGUCGUUGAUCUAUCAUGGCAUCGUACUAGAACGCAUGGAUCGACUGCAUCAGAAAAUGGCGCUAAACGAGAAACACGCACUAAAGCUGCAGCCCAGCGAAGAUGAGGCCAUAUUUAUAGGUCCUCAACCGCAACCCUUUCAUAUACCGAUGAUGUCAAGGAACAAUCCUAACACGCUGACCAAGAGUGAGGAGCAGGCGUUGCGUCUUAAGCAUUUCCGUUUCAAGUUUCGCCUAAAGAAGAAACAUCGUCGACGCCGCAGCCUGCUGGAUAUUGAUCUGAUUGAUCCACUGCGACUGGAGGCCAACAUGCAGCGUCUGUAUACGAAGCUGCGCAGCAAGCGUGCCAAGGAAGCGCUCAGCCGGCUGGAGCAACAAUAUAUGCAUUGCAAGAAACAGACGCCGGAGGAUUGCUUGAGUGCCUUUAUGCGCAUGUACGAUAUGGCCAAAGAGAUCACCGAAAAAAUGGACAAAAUGAAGGCCAUCAUAAAGGAUCAGAUCGACUCUAGCAGCAACGAGUCCAAAGAGUUCCAGGCAUUCACAGCGGACAAAAAAACUCGCGCAACAGUUGAGCAGCAGGCCGAGGUGACAACGCCUAUGACAAAUAGCACUGAAGAGACAACCACAAAGCCCAUGCGCAUCAAGAUAAAGCCGGCAAAAAUAAGCUGGAUUAUCGAUGGUCACGGUCAGGAUGAGCAGGAGGCUUACGUAGAGAACACUCCCAAAUCUGUGAUUAGCACGCCACCGAUGAAUGCAACUACCAUGGCGGCCAUCACCACAAGUCUAGAAACAACAACGACAGCAACAGCAGCAGCUGAGAUUUAUACGACGAGCAGCAGCAUUGCCACUGUUACCAACGGCAUGAAGGCUUCGAGUAGCUUGACCACAGAUAGUCCUGCAGCGGAGGACGAGGAGGAAAUUACGGAUCCUGUCACAUGGAUUUUGGAUCGUUUCGAUAAGCCCAAAGAAAUUCUACAAACCACCGAAAAGCCCCAACAUACAACCACUAUAAAUAUUGAGAGCAGUGCGAGUGAAACCACUCAUGCCUCUGGGGACUUUGAACUUUUUUCGCUAAUGACAGAGGAGCAGCCACUCCCCACUACAACUAUCCCACAGCCUGAUAUGCCACGAAAACUGCAAGUGGACUGGAUACUCGAUGUUGAGGAGCAACCGGUGGCACCCAUUGUGCACCCACCCAUCAACACAUCCAGCCCGAAUACCACAGCCAGUCCGUAUAGCACAACUAUUUCGAUGGAUAGACUGAACCACACUGCCUUCCCCACCAAACCCAAACCCAUGAAGAUCAGCUGGAUCAUUGAUGGCGAUGCCAGCGAAGAGCUGACCACCGCUCAAAGUAAAAUCGAUAACAAUGCGACCACAACAGAGGCCGCCAGGGCUGCGCAUCCACUGGACGAUCCCAGCAGCUUGGAAAACAUGCUGGGCAGCUUUGAACGGCAUGAGCUGCAAAAGCCACUUAUCAAGUUGAUCCCCGACAAAGAGAAUACCACGCAAGAGUGGAUCACCACCUCGUCCACCACCAACCAACCAAGUGUCUAUGAUCGUCAGUUCUGGGUGGAAGAGUUUGAGAAGCAGGCACAGGACGAGCUCAUCGACACAUUUGGCACGCAGUUGGAUGCCGAAAGUCUCCAGCAAAUGGGACCCAAGCUCAAUCCGGCAACAAGCAAAACGCUCAAUGCUGCCGAUGCGCAGCUGGUGACCCUCUGUGCGCACUUGGCCCAGAAGAUGCGUCAACGCGCUGCUUUGGAGCCCACGGGCGCAGCAACAGAAACGUUCACUGUCUCGCCCGGUGUGCAGUUCACCAGUCGAGGACCAGGUGGCUUUCCAGUCUCUGGCGAGACUAUGAAGGCUUCCGCUCAGUUCAUGUUUAAUCCAAACUUUGGCAUGCCCAGCAUACCCGUCUGUUUCUACAUGACGCCCGCCAAUUUCCGCAUGCCAAUGUGGUCGCCCACGCCCAAUUUUAUGGGCAUGCAGGGCGCUCACUUUGCCGGACCCUCCAACGCUGGAGUUGGUGGUGGCGGAGGCAUCUUCUUCGUGCCGCAACAAUUUGGUCCUUCUGGCAACUUCUUUGGCGGCAGCGCCGGCACUGCAGGCGCUGCCCAAGGCCAGUUGCCAAACAUCUUUUCCAAGAACGCCUCGCCGCAGAAGCAAGCUAACGGACAGCAGGUCUAUUGCACCUAUAUGCAAAACCAGGCACAGCAGGCAGCUCAAUCGCAGUCGCAAUCCAUGUCUGGCAAUUUAUCGCCUGGACAGAGCCAAAGCGGCUUCUCCAAUGCUAACUUUAAGAUGCGUCAUGCCAAUCAGACCAACGUCCCUCUCCAGAGCCAAGUUAUCUACGCCUCCUAUGUGGACAUGCCACCACAGCAGCCGCUGGAGCGGCACAAGUGCCCUGAGCCGGAUCAGUUGGCCUGCUUUGGCCAGCAGGAAUGCAUUCCUUCGUCGCGUUGGUGCGACAAUGUGGUCGAUUGUUCUGAUGGCAGCGACGAAUCGGCCUGCACCUGCGCCGACCGCCUCGACGAGGAGCGUCUCUGUGAUGGUUAUGCGGAUUGCCCGAUGGGUGAGGAUGAGCUGGGCUGCUUUGGCUGCGAGCCACUGGCCCACUCCUGCUACGAAAACGCGGAGCAGUUUGCACGAUACAAUCGCUCCACCCUGUCCAUGUGUUACAGUCACCUCGAGCGCUGCGACGGAUUCUUCAACUGCUUGAACGGACGCGACGAACUGCAGUGCAACAUGCUCGUCACAGAUGUUACUCAUCACAUGUUUCAGGCUGCCACGGCUGCGGAAGGGUACCUCUAUCAUAAUCAUCGUGGGGAUUGGUAUCCGGUUUGCAACAACGGUGAUAAAUGGGCAGCGGCUGCCUGCGAGCUGAAUAAUGUCGAUCUAUUGGAGAAUGUGACCUUUAAGGCGCUGUCUGUGCCGGGACCGUUCAUCGAGCCCUCGCUGCAUGCCGGCAUACACUUUGCUCAGGCAUGUAACGGGCGUAGCAAUGAAGACACGCUAGUGGACCAUGUGGCCUACGUAAAGUGCCCUGCACCGCAGUGCGGAUUGCCCAGCAAGCCGCUGCCCAGCAUGCAGCUGAAGCGCGCAAAACGCGCUGUGGCUGAGUCGGAAACAAAGAAGGGACGAAUCGUUGGAGGUGCUUAUACUGAAGCACUGCAGUGGCCAUUUGUGGUAGCCAUCUAUCGGGACGGCAAGUUCCAUUGUGGCGGCACCGUUUACUCGGAGCGUUGGAUUAUUAGCGCGGCGCACUGCGUUAUUAACCACAACAAGUAUUACUAUGAAGUGCGUGCUGGUUUGCUGCGUCGGAAGAGUUACUCGCCUGCUACGCAGAUUCAAACGGUUACCCAUGUGGUUGUACACAUGGGCUACGAGCGUCGCACCAUGCGCAAUGAUCUGUCGCUGCUCCGAGUGGCGGCCCCACUGCAGUUCAACCGCUGGGUGCAGCCCAUAUGCAUGCCGGACAAGGGGCGCACCACGUUUGGCGACGAUUGGAUCUGGGGUCCGGAGGAGCACACGCUCUGCACUGUCGUCGGUUGGGGUGCCAUACGAGAAAAGGGUCCAAGCAGCGAUCCGUUGCGACAGGUAAUUCUGCCCAUAAGAAAAGACUGCACUGAUGCAGAGGAUAGAGCCGCAGAGGACAUCUGUGCCGGCGAUCCGCAUGGCGGUCGUGAUGCUUGCCAGGGUGACUCGGGUGGUCCGCUGUUCUGCCGCAGCGUCAACCACACUGAUCAGUGGUAUCUCGCUGGCGUCGUUAGUCAUGGCAAUGGCUGUGCUCGUCCCAAGGAGUUUGGCGUCUACACACGCGUGGCGCUCUAUCUGGACUGGCUGGAGCUGGCAGUCGCGCCACAUCCAUUACCAGCAGUGCAGCCGCUGCAACUAUGUCCCGGAUUCACUUGCGUCUGGGGCGGCAAGCGUUGCAUUGCUCAACGGAGGCGCUGCGAUCGAAUUGUCGACUGCCUGGGCGGCGAGGAUGAAGUGGGCUGCACCUAUAAUUUUAUUCCUGACAUGGUUGGAAGUUCCAAGCAGAACCAAACCGCUACCACAGAGAGUGAUUAUCAUCCGCUGCCAAAGCAGUCUAAAGUCGCAGACCAAACGCAUCAUGCACACGAGUUGGAGCCAAUGCUAGCGCAAAGUAAUCAAAGCCAGGAUGUGGCCAUUGAAGAUGACGACCUGCUGGCGGAAAUUACAACUACAACUGAAUCAGUCAGUACUACAACACAGUUGUCCAACGAAUCCACCCUGCCAGCUGAAACUUCCACAACUAUCCUGGAGAACAGUACACAAUCUGCAGAGCCUGAGUUUAGCACAACAAGCCAUCCACCCUCUGAGCAAACAACAAUGACGGCUACAGUUGCAACCACUUUGCCUACAACCACUUGGCCCACAUCCACAGAGGAUUUGACAAAAUUGACGGAUCUUAUAACGCAAUUGAUGCACGAGAGCACUACAAUAUCAUUGCCAACGACUAUGUCUGCUGUUGUCUCAACAGAUGCACCCAAUGGGCUCACAACAGCAAUUACAACAACAAUAAACAGAACCACACAUGCUUCAACGACAGACUCACCAACAACAACAAAAGCUGAGACCACAACCACCAUGGCUUCUACUUCUAUUGAAACCACCAAUAAUGCUGCGACAAUGUCAAGCUUGCAUACUACGGAAUCCACUUUUUCAUCAGCUCCUAUUCGCGACAACAUCAGCACCCACAACCCACCGACAACAACAACAGCAGCAACUGUAACAGUAACCACAACAACAAUGGGCAACAUUACGCGUACACAGACACAUCUGCCCAACAAGUUCGUCUGCCAAAAAAUGCCACAGAUUGUGGACUUGGCUCAUCGCUGCGACCGCAAGGUGGACUGCGAGGAUGGAACUGACGAGGUGGACUGUACUUGCCGCGAUUACCUCAAGGGCAAUCUAGGCAUACUCGUCUGCGAUGGCAAAGCUGAUUGUGAGGAUCUGAGUGAUGAACAGAGCUGCGGCAGCUGCAAGGAGAACGAGUUCCACUGUGUGCUCUCCAAGGACUGCGUGCCGCUGGCCAAACGCUGCGACAAUGUGGCAGACUGUCGCUUCAAGGAGGAUGAAAAGGAUUGCUUUGCGCUGACCAAUGGCCAUGACGUACACUUCGAUGCACACCAGCAGCCAAAGUUCAGCAGCGUAGGUAUCUUCUCGAAAAAUGCGCAUGGCGUGUGGCGGGUGGUGUGCGCCCAUGAGACGGGCUACCAUGAGCAUCAGGCCAACACGGCGGAUGCAGUAUGCGCUUUGAUGGGCUUCAAGGGUGCGCAUUAUUUCAACAGCACCCAAUUUGUUAGCCAGACGGUAAUGCACGCCAUUACACCGGAGCUGACGAAGAAGAGCCACGUGGACGCCCAGCUGCGUGCAAUGAUGAGCGACAAUGCGCAGUUCACCAGCUCAGAGAUGCUGCCCCGCGUACAUGGACAUCAAGCGCUUGACUCGCUGCAAAAGGCGCGUGUGCAGACCAGCAAAUGCUUGGGCAUAUAUGUGGAAUGCAAUCCACGCUCGAAUGCCACCAAGCCCAUGAAGACGUUCAGCGCUGGCCAGGCGGUGAAACAGCGACCGGCGCAAGGGGUGCCCGUCCUGGUGCCCACCAUUGAGACGCACAAGCGGCCACAUGUGCACUUCAAGCCACAGCCACAGCCAGUGCAGCUGGUGAACAAAAAGGAUGAGGUGCUGGACCGCAUCGAUGUGCUAAUCAAGAACAAGCUGAACAAGACGCUGCUGGUGCAGGAGGAACUGCACGAGGCUGUGGAGGAGCUGCACUGGCCCUGGCUGGCGGAUGUGUAUGCCAAUGGCGAGCUGUGGUGCAUAGGCGUGCUGCUGGACAAGCACUGGCUGCUGGUGCAUGAGAGUUGCCUCACAGGCAUCAGCUUUCAGACGGACUACAUAAGCGCGUUGUUGGGCGGCGGCAAGACGAAGCGUUCCCUGCAUCGCAGCACCCACGAGCAGAUCCGUCGCAUCGACUGCUAUGAGGCGGUGCCCAAGUCGGACGUGCUCUUGUAUCAUCUGGAGCAGCCGGCCAGGUUUACGCAUUACGUGCUGCCCACCUUCUUGCCAGAUGUCUCUGCUCAGAAGCCCAGCGAUGCCCACGAAUGCAUGAGCGUGUUGCACGAUGAUCUCACUGGACGCGUCAAAACUGUGGCCAUCGCACAGCUUGGCAACGUUACCAGCUGUAGUUCCUGCUUGCAGUUGCAGGAGCUUAAGCCCUCGGCUAAUCUCAUGCGCACGCUCAAUGUAAGCGCAGAGGACUUGGCUUCCAUAUCGGAGGAAGUGGAACUGUCCAGCGAGAUGACAGCGAAGCAUAUGCCAACGCUUACACAGUUCACCAGCUGCACGCAGUUUGGUCACAGGAACCUAACCUAUUCUCGCGACAAUCCCAGCGAUCAGGGUGUGCUGGUGUGUCGCCACGCCCACUCGGGCUGGUAUCCUGCCGCACUCUUUACGUAUAACAACACCAACUGCCAGAGCUUCAAGACUCCGUUUGCCAUAAGUACGCUGGAGCAGGCCUUCAAGCCACUCCAGGAGAUCAUGGAUCAAGCGCAAUGCCGCAAUGUGCAAGCGACGCCUCAGUGCGAGACCCAUCGCUGUGCCUUGGGUGCCUGCCUGCCCUCGAACGCCUUGUGCGAUGGUCACAGCGAUUGUCACGAUGGCAGCGAUGAAGAGGAGUUCAAGUGUCGUGAGCUAACCAAGAAGUGUGGUCCAGGUGAAAUGAAGUGCCGCACCAGCGGCAAAUGCGUGCCCAAGUCCAAGUUCUGUGAUCAUGUGCCCGACUGCGAAGAUAUGACCGAUGAGCCUACCUUAUGCAGCUGCUUUACAUAUCUACAGGCCACGGAUCCUGGCAAGAUAUGCGAUGGCAAACGCAACUGCUGGGAUAAGAGCGAUGAGAGCUCUGUGCUCUGCAACUGCACAGCGGAUCACUUCCAAUGCAGCUCCUCACCUGAGGAUUGUAUACCCCGCGACUUUGUGUGCGACAAGCAGCCGGAUUGCCCCAACGGCGAGGAUGAACGCUUCUGCUUUGGCAUUGAGCAGCCACUGCAGGAUCAGAGCUCGGACUUUGCCAACAAUAUGCAGCAGCAGCAGCAGUCCUAUGGCCAGGUGAUUGAACAAACCUAUGGCGUCUGGCACACGAAAUGCUUCCCCAAGAGCACGCCGCCUAGCAACGACGAGGUGCGUCAGAUAUGCCGUCAACUAGGCUAUAGUCCGGAUCGUCAGCCAAGCUACAGGCUCAUAGACGAUGCGUCAAACGAAGCAGUGCACACCUAUGAGUGGGCGGAUAUGCGUGGCCGCAGUUUCGGUAACUCCACCGCGGUAGGUAAAUAUCGCGAGUCCACUAAGGCGGUCAUCAUCAGCAAGUUCUCGCCGCUGCAGCUGAACGAGCGGCUGACGCUGUUUCUCAAGCCCAGCAGACCUAUUGCGGAGCUGGUCAAAUGGAACGCUACGGACUCUAGUCGUUGCUAUAGACUGGAAAUACACUGCGCUUAGUCAGAUAUUC